GACUACAUGUGGGAAUUCUCGAGCAAUGCUUGUUCUGACUCGUACGCUGGUACGGCUGCCUUCUCCGAGUUGGAAACUCAAGCCCUGAACCGUGUCAUGCAGCAGUACGCAUCGAGCAUGGUUCUGUACCUCGCUGUUCACACUUACGGCGAUAUGAUCCUGUACCCCUAUGGAUACGCCUGGCCUUUUAUUCCGGUGUCGAACCAAGCCGCUCACAUUGCCCUUGGAGAGCAGGCCCGCAGUGCGGUUUCUGCCGUCGGUGGGCCACUUUACGUUGUCGGUAAUAGUGCCGAGAUCCUGUACACCGCCACUGGUUGCAGUGAUGACUACGCAGCAGGAGUUAUUGGAUCCCGAUUCGCUUUCACGCUCGAGCUAACUGGAGGAGGAUCAACCGGAUUCGACCUUCCUGCUAGCCAGAUUAUGGCUGUUGCAUCUCAAACAUUCCAGAUCUUCCGCACCAUGGCCAACAACGCGUAA